AGAAUACACUUCCGGGGGGAGUGUCUCUCGACCAAUUGUCCAUUGAUAAUGUGACGUUUUUCCUAAUAAUUCAAUCAUUCCAGACUAGAUUUAACAACUGUUUUGAAAUAAUUUGAUACUCUGUUGGACAAUAUUUCUACCCUGAUAUAUAUAUCACAUUUAUAAAAAUGGUUUGUCGUUGUUAUUUAGUAUUUUAGUUGAAUUUUAGUAAAGAGUAAAGACUUAUUUUCUUCACCGUCUUCAAAUUUAAUAUUGAAACAAAUCGUCAAAUGUGGUAGACUCUCACUGUUAGUUAGUAGUCUUAGACUCUUAGUCUUAGCAACUUACAGUGAGGCCAUCCACUGCAUAUAAUAUACUUAUAAUAACUUGGCUUUUUAAUAUUUUAAUUAAUAUAAAUAAUAUGGUUUAUUUAACAAGGCUAAGGCAUGCACUAUGCCUAUGCCUAUGCACUGAGUGAGAUUUAGUUUUUUAAAAAAUAAAGAGGUGGGGGGUCCACAGAAAGAAAAUGGAGUACCUGAUAUUAGUGCAAUAGUAGUAAGUAGGCAUUCUGAAUCUGACCAGAUCAGAUGGCCAAACCUAUUAAUUAAUUUGCUGUUUGGCCAUAUACUGGAUGAAUGGUAUAGCCUAUGUAUGGCCAUGGCACCAAACAAACAUUUCCUGGUUCAGAAUGUUGGCAAUGUGGCCCCUUCUUUUUUUUUUUUUUUUUACUGAAGUCAACAUGUCUAACUUAAACAUCUCAUAUUGUGGUUGAAGAGUUUUUUUCUAAGAAAGAGUUUAAUUCAGAGACAAGGUCUGAGAAUGGUAAGUAAGGGUUGGAAUAAAGACAGCAUAUAACUAGCCUGAAUUUCAUCUCCACACUACACUGUUUGAGAACCCAGUCUAGGCCAAACAGCAGAGAAAAUUUGUUACAUGUUUUAUAACACAUUACACAGCUUACAGAUUUAAUUGCAUGCAAUGUACAUCAUGGUAAUGCCUAAUGGUCAUAAAAUAAAUUGGAGCAUGUGAUUUGAGGGGGGGGGGUCUGAUGAAAAUAAUUAUUUGUUAUUAAAAAUGUACGGGGGCAAUAGGGGGGGGGGUAGGGGUUUUGAAAAUGUGUCAUUUUCUCAAACAUAUUAUAUGGAUGGUCCCAAACUAGCGUAACUGAUCGUCCAAAUUAAAAUUUAAAAAAACAUUAUUAGGCGAUUAACGAUUUAUUCACAGAUUAUUCUUAGGCUAUUUAUUAAUCCUCUUGAGAUGGCUGGGCUGAUAAAUCGAAUGGUAACAGAGACUGAUGGCAGAACGUAGGCUCAAAAAUACAAGCAAUGAGACUGGCUGGCUGGUCCUUGUAUAAGCUAAUCAGAUUGCUCUUCCUAUUUCUUGCCAUUUUAAUGACUGCUUCCAUUGAUAGUUUACAGUGUUCUAUCUGUCUAUAAAUUAUGUUUAAAAAAUAGUGUCACCUUGAAAUAAUGUAAAGGCAUACACACCCCUAGUAGAAUAUUUUAUGAAAAAUGCAUGCAUAAAUUAUGCAAAUCAUAAUAUCUCAUUGGUAUAAAUGUUGAUAUUUCAGUUUGGUUCAUAAAGAUCAUAUUAGUUCAUGCAAUUCUCUACAAGAAUAUAUACAGUUUAAUAUUUGUAAAGUAAUUAAUUUAUUUUGUAUAAAUCUUUUUUGCAAAGAAAGUGCAGGGCUUGUGAAAAGGACUUCUUGGCACAGACAGUCCAAAAAGGCCCAGUCUCCAGAGAGUUGAAAUUAUUAAAAUAGUAAAAUUAUAUUAAACUUCUUUUUCAAUUGGAAUAUUGAAUUAAGGCCUUCUGAAUUACUGAUUUUAACCUUGGUGUGAUAUUAAAUAAUUUUAGUAGGUAGGGCCUACCCUCACUAGGGGGUAUGGAACUAGUUAUUUAUUUUAAACAAUUUUUAGGUGCUCAUUAUAUUAUUAAUAUUAGCCUAAAUAUCAUUGCCUAAAAAUUAGUCAUAUGAGUGACUGCUUGUCAAUCAAAGCAACCUACGAGAAAGGGACAACCUUGAAAAUUGAAUGUUUUUAUAAUAAUUAAUUUAAUGUCAGUAAAUAUUAUAUGUCAACGGAUCACAUGGUUAUCCUUAUCAUCGCAGGAACAAAGAUCCAAGGAUUAAAACAAAAUCAAGUUUAGUAAUAAAGUAAUAGUGUUUAGUGUUUAUUUUUUAAAUCAAAUUUUUAUUUUUUUUUAAGGACACUUGUUAGGGCUAUUUACAUUUUCAAGAGCCUAAAUAAUUUUAACAUUAAUAAUUUUGUAAUUUGCAGUCAACUAAUGUAAGCGUGUGUGACAUGUCUCAAGAGGUUAUUGAUCUGCUAAAGAAAUUCAAACUUCGAAAAGAAAAGAAUGUUGCAGCUAUUGUAUGUAAGUAGAAUUAUAUUUAAUUUGUUAUUGAUAUCGGUAAACGUUUAUUAUAAAUAUAGCUUUAUUUAUGCAAUAGCAAUAUUUUAAUAUCAAUAAAUUUUCUUAAAAGACAGAUAUUAUUACAGAUUUUAUUUGAUACUUUUUUAACCCCUUUUUUAAUAACCUUCCUUUUAUUAUGCUGUCAAAACGUUUAGAACCAUUCAUAAUGCACUUUAGAAUUUAUUACACCCCACCCACCCCCAAUCAACACAAUUUAGACACCUUUAACACAAAUUACCACAAAUUCUUGACAUGGCCUCCCUAGACCUGUCAUAUUAUUUAUAAACAUUGGUAAAACAUAAUGGACUUAAUAAAUAGCAAAACAAUAAAUUAUAUAAUUAAAAAUGACAUGAAAAAACUGCAGCGAAUGUAAAUUAAAACUCGGAGCAGAUCCUAUUAAUGACAGGCAUGCACUUAACCACUCUUCAGUUCUUAGUUUUAGGUGCAAAUUCAAUAUUAAAUAUAAAACUUUUCUACACAGCUUUAAAUUAUAUAUAUAUUUUUUUUACAAUAUGAAUAAUUAAGUUAAGUAUCUUGAGGCAUAAGUUGCAUAUCAUAACAGAUGCAUUAAGUUUCAACUUUAUAAAAUCUAAAGAAUGAUAACAAGAGUAAUACAUUGUUGGAAAAGUUGUAGUUUUUUGGAGAAAUUGUAGUUUGUUGGAUAAGUUGUAAUUUGCUUUCAUUCAAAUUUGGCAGCUGCCAUAAACACAGUUUUAGGCAUCUAAAUUGUUAUAUUUAGAAUAGCCAUUCUAUUUUUUAUCAAAUUUCAAUUUUCAUUUUGAGUUAAAACAGCCAAUGCAAGUUAAAAUAUUAGCCAUAAUAUUAAUUAAUAGGUGUUUUUUUUAAAGUUAUUCUCUUUCAAUAUUUUUUUUAGUGAAAAUUGACAAAGCAUCUCUGAAGAUCGUACUGGAUGAAGAAUAUGACGUAAGAUUUAAAAAUGAUCAGAAGGCUUCAAAGAUUUUAUAUUAUUAGAGUAUGACUAAGGAGAGAUAGGUUAGAAGUGUCACUGAAGUGUGUGACAAUUUAUGACUUUACCUUAUGUUCUCUUUAUUUUAUUAAUAACUUAACUUCAGUUUUCAAUCUCAUUUUGUGGAUCAUUAAUACACACUGCCAAUUUUGAAGUCCUAAAGGUAUAUCAUUUUAUUUUUUUUUUAAACAAGUUUCUCAAUAUUAAUAUAUUAAAAUUAUUAUUUAAAAAUUCCAAAUUUUUUAUUCAUCACAUGUUAAGAGGAUUUUUGAAAAAUCAUAUUCAACCAUUCAAUAUUUGAUGAAAAUGCCUGAUAUAACAUGAUACUAUUCCAAUUAUUUUCACAGAACAUUUCAAUAUCUGAGUUACAAGAUGAAUUACCACCACAGCAGCCCAGAUAUGUAUGCCUGAGCUAUGUGCUAAAACAUGCUGAUGGCCGAGUCUCUUAUCCCCUUGUCUUUAUUUUCAUUUCUCCACAGGGUAAGCAGCUAUAACUUUUAAAAAAUUAUUAAUUUAUUUGUAGGUCCUUUAAGCAAUUACAUAAUUACUCUGUGGUAUAACUGGAAUCUUCACAUCACAUUUCCUGUACUUUGGGUCAGCCUAAGUGGGGGGGGGGGGGGGGACGUGCCAAGCGGCUCUGUUUUCUUUAAAUGGAUGGUGGCAAUUUCUGCCAACUGCAGAGUUUUUUCAUGGAAGGGGGCGGCAGAAAUCUUGGGUGGCACAAAUCCUAGCUAUGCCACUGUUUAGAAGUAAUAAAUCUAAAUUUUUUAAAGACUUUCUCUCCACUCACAAAUCCGUCAGAUUUUCUUGUCCUUAUAUCCAAUAUAAUUUUUUUGUCCCACUUGACCCUCUUGCCCGUGUCAGCCUGCACCUGCGUCCAACUAACAUUUAAAGUCAUUUGAAGCAGGUGUUGAUAGGGAGCGUAGAAAAUAUUUUCAUAAAUUAAUAUUAAAUUUUUUUUUUUUUCGUUUAUUCUAAAUUUAAUUUGAAUCCUUUGACUUCAUAGAGAACCCUACUACCCUUCUGUACAGACUUUCUUUGGCUUCAUAGAGAGCCUUACUACCCUUCUGUACAGACUUUCUUUGGCUUCAUAGAGUGCCUUACUACCCUUCUGUACAGACUUUCUUUGGCAUCAUAGAGUAACUUACUACUACUACUACCCUUCUGCACAGACUUUCUUUGCCUAAUGCAUUUUAAUAAAUUUAAAUUAUUUGCUACCUUUUAGUGCAGGGGUCUCAAACUCAAAUCAUCCGGGGGCCGCAGGAAAUAGAGUCUGAGUGAAACUUGGCCGCAUCAAGUAUUCCUUAAAAAAACUAUUACAAAUUCAAUAAAGUACAACUGUUAAAUCUACUCAACCUAUAUUAAUAACAAAUAAAAACAUUAAGGGUUCUCAAGAACUACGCUUAACUUUCUUCCUCAUACUCCUUGUGGCCAGCGGGCCGCGAGUUUGAGACCCCUGUUUUAGUGCAUUGUUAAACUCUUUGAAAGUCUUUUUUGUUUUUAAGUUGAAAAUGAAAAAAAAAAUUUUAUGUUUAAAUUUAAAGUGACAUGAGCAUGAGUAGCCAAAGUGACUAGCAGUAAUAAAUCUAGACUUUUGUUUAAGGCUGUAGUCCUGAACAACAGAUGAUGUAUGCUGGUUCUAAGACAAAAGCUGUUAAAGAUGGUGAUUUCACAAAGGUUAGAUUUGAAUAAUCAUUGUGCAAAAUAAGAAAAUUUCCUUUUGAAAUUUAUUUAUGACUUAUAGAUCUAUGAUAUGUAGAUUAAAAGUAAACAAAACAAAUGGCUUCAAUAAAACUCUUUCAAUUAAUCAGAUUUAGCCUUUAACAAUGAAGUCAUUUUAUUUGAGCAAAUAAAUAGUCAGUUUUAUUGACUUGUUUUUUCAGGUCAUAGAAUUGCGGAGUUUGGAUGAUUUGACAGAAGAAACAAUCCUCGACAAACUGAAGUAAAGUUUUCCUUGCUAAAACGAGUCAGGCUGUAUUACAAAUAAUGCAAUUGUGAAUUAUAUUAAGAAAUAAUUGCUCACUUUCAAUGAAAUUAUUUCUGUACACAAAAUGCUCAUCUUAAAUUUGCUUCUUUCAAGUUAAACGCUAUCCACAAUUCAAGUAACUUUUGACGCUUACAAUAGGAAUUUUUAUAUAUAUUUGCUUUUGUUAGAAAGGACAGAACAGCAUAGGAAUAAAAUAAUUAUGCUGACAAGUUUCAUUCAAUUAUUGGUUUGAUGGUAAAGUACAAAUUUGCAUUUUAAUAUUAAAAGCCUAAUUAAAUGUUAGUUUAUAAAAGGCAGUUUAUAAUGAUUAUAAUAUGAAUUGAAUGAAUCUUUCUGAACAAGGCAGCUGUUGGUUUGAUUUCAAGUGGAGAGAUCUACUACCGGUACUGGAUGGAUCACUUGUAUUAUAAUUGUCAAAAUGUCUGCUCUCCUUUAGCUCAUUAUUUCCUUAUCAAUUUUGCAACUGACUAUGCUAUUUUGCAAGAUGUUCAUAAUUUGUGUGCAUUAUUUACAUUUAGCCUGUUCCAUAAAUGCCUUAUUUCUAUUUGUUGUGUUAUAUUUUUAAUUUGUAAAUAUACAAAACUUACAAAGCCAUUCUAAUGUUUUUUUCCAGCAGUACGAAUGCACAACUUAUUUAUACAACAAUAAUGUUGUAUCUCUCUUUUAAAUAAAAUAUUUUGUUUAAACAAUGUUUGAAACCUCCGAACAGUGUUCUUAAUGUUUUAAAAUUAAUUAAUGUUGCAAGAAACACAUUUAGUUGAUCCAAGUCAAAUGAAAAAUACAAUGUUCAGUUGUAAAAAUAUUUAAUAUAAAUUAAUGGGCAAAUAUUUGCAAAAAGGUUUUAA